AUGUCUUUUUUUUCGUUUUCCUAUCAUCAAGAGAACGGAACAAAAUUUUAUAUUGAACCCAAAUCAGGGGUGGUAACGGUGGCGCGACAAGAAAAUAUUCCGGUUGUUUUUCCUGUACUUUUGCGAGUUCAAGCCCAUUCAGCGGGAUUUGUGGACACACCUGAGGACAUGCUGCAUGAAUACACAGAGAUUCUUAUUAGAAUUGAAAUGGUUAAUCCGAAUAUGCCUCCUGAUUUGUAUACUGUCUUGGGUAUCGCCGAUCCCGAAAACAAGGUUAAACAGAUUCCUUUCAGAAACAAUUCCGUAUACAAAGUUUCGGAGUCAGCACCAGUGGGAACCAAUGUCUUCGGUGCCGCUGCAUUGUUUUGCUUCGAUAAAAACACAGGCACCAUUUUCCACGACUGUGUACCGCAGUUAUUUGAGAAGAGGUCUGACGUCAUAAACUACCCGAAAACGAUUGGCCUGUACAGAGAAACAAUUAAUCAGAUUAAUCGAUUUCAAGUGAUCAUAAACCGGACGCUGGACAGGGAAACAGAAUUUAAAUAUAAUCUAUUACUAGUGGUUACCUCACCUCUAUAUGAACGUUGUCAACAUAACGAAUGGCAUUUCACAACAUUGGUAUCGGAUAUUAACGACAACGCACCAGUACUGGAAAAACCGUUUGUGCCUAUAGUCAAUGUGACUAAGUAUCGAAGCUUAUUAACUUCGGUUCUUCCAUAUAAUGAGACGUCAAAUGUAUACUUUGCAAAUGCUUCCGUUGCAUCAUCUGCGACGGAGAAUUCCCCUGUGCAUUUUGUAGCUGCCUUUGAUUUAGAUGCCGAUCAGAAUGCUGAACUUACCUACACCAUGGAAGAGCAGUUCGCGGUAAGAAAAGAACGGUUGAUAUUGAUGAAAAAGCCUACGUUCUUCAGCGUGACAGAAACGACCGGGUUACUCUACGUUUCAAGGACCUUGGACACCCAGCACAAGGGAAGGUACAUAUUGAAACUGAAGGUCAGUGAUCGGGGUAUACCACAACCAUUUUGGAGUAUAGCGUUUGUGCUGCUAGAUGUAGUUAACACUGCUCGAGAUCACGGACUGGUCAACGACAUACCAGAAUUAGACGUAAAUGAAUCCUUAGAGAAAAGUUUACAAACUCGGCGAUCUCCACAUGACAAGAUGGACGAAGACAAUCGACAUAUCCCCAACGAACCUACAGGCUAUACCGGAUAUCAACAUAUGCGAAAUACACUCCUACUAUGUCUGGCAGCUUUCUUAGUUCUUGUUUGUUUUGUAACGAGUAUUUGGGUUUAUCGAUUGAAAUGCUUGGGCCUCAAGAAAUGUUGUAUACGGAAAACCAUAAAAAGGAAAACCCACUUUCAAACAGUACUCACAGAUGAGAUGAUUCCUGCAGAGGCACAUCAAAGCAACAUGAGGAAUCAAGCACGAGAACUUGGCAUUUUACCGGAUUACUUCAUCCUAUUAGAACACCAGUCACCUGGGAUGGACAAAUAUUUUGAUUUCUCCUCAUUUGUCGGUUCACACCCCCUGCAUUCCCAUCUCAUCUGCAAUCACCAAAGCAUUACUUCAGAAGACAUCGAUA